CAGUGACGUCACCUCGAGCGAGAAGGAAGCGGAGCGCUCGCUGGAAGCUGUCACACAGUAGUUGUGGCGAAAGCAAGAGAAAACCUUUCCGCACGCGCGCACCCAACUGUUGCGCUACCCGGACAAACGACACGGCAGAAAAACAACGUUAUAUUUAUCUGACAGCAACUUCCACAUACUAUACGGAUAAUUAUUCUCUAUUGUUUCUGCAAUGGCUGAUAUCAUACAAAGCAACGAGCAGUCCUCAUCUGACGUUGCAAAUCGAUUCGCCCGUAAAGGUGCUUUGAGGCAGAAAAACGUCCAUGAAGUGAAAAACCACAAAUUUAUUGCGAGGUUUUUCAAGCAGCCGACUUUCUGCAGUCACUGCACUGACUUUAUUUGGGGGUUUGGGAAGCAAGGAUUUCAGUGCCAAGUGUGCUGCUUUGUGGUCCAUAAACGUUGCCAUGAAUUUGUCACAUUCUCAUGCCCUGGAGCUGAUAAAGGGCCAGACACAGAUGACCCUAGGAGCAAGCACAAAUUUAAGAUCCACACCUAUGGCAGUCCCACAUUCUGUGACCACUGUGGAUCUCUUCUAUAUGGACUCAUACACCAAGGAAUGAAAUGUGACUCCUGUGAUACGAAUGUCCAUAAGCAGUGUGUGAUGAACGUGCCAAGCCUUUGUGGAAUGGACCACACAGAGAGACGAGGACGUCUUUACUUGAAGAUCGAGGUGAUAGAAGAAAAAAUGCAUGUCACAGUGGGGGAAGGCAAGAACAUGAUUCCAAUGGACCCGAAUGGAUUGUCUGAUCCAUAUGUAAAACUCAAGUUGAUUCCAGACCCUAAAAAUGAGACAAAACAGAAAACGAAAACUAUCCGUUCUUCCCUGAAUCCGGCUUGGAACGAGUCAUUUACAUUUGUGGAAGCAGCCAAACUGAAAGCCCUGCCUUAUUAUAUGAUGGGGAGAGUGCUAGUGUCUGAGCUCAUGAAAUCCUCAGUGUGUGGAUGGUAUAAAGUGUUAAACCAGGAGGAGGGGGAGUACUACAAUGUGCCCAUUCCAGAUGAUGAUGAUGAGAAUACUGAGCUCCGACAGAAGUUUGAGAAAGCCAAAUUGGGUCCAUCCAAAAGAGCCACCACCCCUUUGGAUGAUAGUGGGUCCACUUUACCCUCAAGCAGUAUGGACAGAGUCAAACUCACAGACUUUAAUUUCUUGGCAGUGUUGGGAAAAGGCAGUUUUGGAAAGGUGAUGCUGGCUGAGAUGAAGUCUACUGGUGAACUAUUUGCUAUAAAGAUCCUUAAGAAGGAUGUGGUCAUCCAGGAUGAUGAUGUUGAAUGCACCAUGGUGGAGAAGCGGGUUCUGGCUCAGCAGGACAAACCGCCAUUCCUCACCCAGCUUCACUCCUGCUUUCAGACUGUGGAUCGUCUGUAUUUCGUGAUGGAGUAUGUUAAUGGUGGUGAUCUGAUGUACCACAUCCAGCAAGUGGGCAAAUUUAAGGAGCCACAAGCAGUGUUCUACGCUGCAGAGAUUGCUGUUGGACUUUUUUUCUUGCACAAGAAAGGAGUCAUAUACAGGGAUCUGAAAUUAGAUAAUGUCAUGCUGGAUGCAGAGGGUCAUAUUAAGAUUGCAGACUUCGGUAUGUGCAAGGAGAACAUUGUGGAGGGUGUGACCACCCGUACAUUUUGUGGAACACCAGACUACAUCGCUCCAGAGAUAAUAGCAUAUCAGCCGUAUGGCCGUUCUGUGGACUGGUGGGCUUAUGGAGUGCUGCUGUACGAGAUGCUGGCGGGACAGCCUCCGUUUGAUGGUGAGGAUGAAGACGAACUUUUUCAGUCCAUUAUGGAGCACAAUGUCUCCUACCCUAAAUCCAUGUCCAAAGAAGCAGUUUCCAUCUGCAAAGGGCUGAUGACAAAACACUCUUCAAAGCGUCUGGGCUGCAGCCCAGAGGGGGAAAGAGAUAUUAGGGAACAUGCUUUCUUCCGUCGGAUUGACUGGGAACGCCUGGAAAACAGAGAAAUACAGCCUCCAUUCAAACCCAAAGUGUGUGGAAAGGGGGCAGAGAACUUUGACAAGUUCUUCACACGCACACAGCCACAACUGACCCCUCCUGAUGAGCUGGUUAUCGCCAACAUCGACCAGGCUGAAUUUGAUGGAUUUUCCUUCAUCAACCUUCAAUUCAUCCAUCCCUCCAUCAUCAACAGUGAAUAAAAUGGGAAAAAGAGGGAAUGAAUGUGAAUCUACCUACUACCCCAAAACUCUGCCCUUGCCUUUACCCUUUUAUCUAACAAAUGUUAAAUCAAAACCACAACUCGCAUCUUAAAUUAUGUCCAGUCUUUUUGUUUUGUCUUGUUUAAAAAUCUGGCAAUUCUUCUUCACUUUUUUCACAUCAUUUCAAUGUAGGCCAGUCGAAGAGUUGACCUUAAUGAUUGAAAAUUGAUUGAGAGAUUUUUUUUAACACUUAAAUUCUGGUUAGGAAGUGCUGUUUACAUUACAAACUGUUUGUUUGACUUAGUGCAGACCAGUAUUUAAAAGUCUAGGACGCCAUCUUAUCUCAAGCCACUGGUGGCUGACACAGCAUGAUCUUGCCACAUCUGCCCAAAGCCCCAUAACAGAUAUAGAGUUGUGUGCUUCCUAAGACUUCCUAAGUCUUCCCAUUCAGGAUUUCUAAAGGUAAUCGCCAAAGCCAAUGGGGUUUCUGCCUUCCCCGUAGUACUAUACCAAUUUAUCUAUUUACAGAAUUAUUCUGGUGUCAGUUUAAGUACUCACUUUUUGGAGUCUCCAGUGUUUUCUCAUUGUAAGUGUCGUUAAAUGUUUUAAAUAAAAUACCAAACAUCUCUGUGUAAUAUUUGCACAUAUUUCGGGUAUGACAUGACAACUUGGCACUCCAGUUUAACACUUGUUUGCAUUUUCUGUUUGUUCUAUGGUAAAAAAAAUAAAUAAAAUAAGCGUGCCAAGAGUUUCUACAAUCCACAAUCAGAGCUUUGGAUGCGUGAGAUGUUAUGAAAGGUUUCAUGUUUCAAGGGUUUUAUGUUUCAUGCGUUUUAUCUCACAGUAAACACAUAUACACUUUUACCCAUAAAAAUGACAAUAAUAAAGGUAUUACCUCGUUAUCCAUUUAAUUCACCAAAUGUUUUUAAAAUAUCCUCGUUUUUGCCAUAGUAGAAAAUAUCCUGUGAACAUGAGAAAAUUUUGUGCGUGUGUGUUUUGUUUCAGUAAUGAGAGAUAUUAUGAGAGGGAGAAAUAUUUAAGUGUUGGCAUUUAUGUCAAGCUCUAAUUAUGUUGUUCUCAAAUUCUCAUUGUCUGCAUAUAAGUAAAUAUUGAAUACUAAAUGUUCAUCCCUGCUAUACCUGCAGAAUGACAUUUACAUCAUGUUUGGAUUUAACAUAAUUGACGGUAAAAUGUAACAUCGUUAUGUCAUAUUUCUCCUCUUGCUGCUUCAACAUUUUGGUUAUACUUAAUAAUACAUGCUAUUUAAACAGUAUAAGAACCUUUUAUACCAAUUAAAUGUGACUUCAUUACAUUACAAAGGUGACAUUUCUGUGACAUUAGGGCAAAUUUACAACUGAGGGAAAAGAAUGAAAGCAAGUUUGCAUUAAGGCAAUAGCUCAAAAAUGGAAAUUCUGUCAUUGUUUACUCACCCUCAAGUUGUUCCGAACCUG